AGUGACUUUCAUCUUUGGCUUUGUUUGUAUCUGUCCCUCUAUAUUUGUUCCAGCCUCAGAACAUCAGUUUCUCUCUUAUUCACUCGUUUGCGUGCAAGUGUCAUGUGCUCGGGGAGAAUAUCUGCGGGUAUCCCUUUUGCAACUUUCAUUCAUUGACCAAAUUUGGGCAACGGUAGAAUGAAGCCGCCUUCGUUCAGAAGCAAGCAACGCAAGCAAUAAGCAAACAAGCAACAGAAGAAAAACAUGCAGUCGAAGGAUAUAUAUGCUUUCGGAAUUGCGCUACAGUUUAGAUUAAAAUGCGAACACCACACGUCUUCGUGACAGUAAAGAAAAUGGCGGACAUCGGCCUUGCACGCACACCGAACGCACCGCGCUCCGACGUCAGACGGGCCUCCAGCCAACUCCAGCGUGGCUGUAACAAAGUAUCACCCUGCCGCUGUAAGAAAAUAUCACUAACUUUAGCGGGUAUCGUGCACUUGGCAAUGUGUUGACGCUGAAUCUAUGUAUUUUAGCAGACCCCACCCCGGAGCAGCCUUGGUAGGGUCUCAGCACCGCACCGCACACCUGACCAAACGUCGAUAAUAAUAUAUUCUAACCAGAAUUUUCGCGAAAGAGGACCCAAAACCGUCCCGAUGCCGCCAGCAGUACCUUCCAACAAGGAGAGAUUAAAAAGAGGAAAAAGAAGGAAUCUUUCGCACCUGGCCAUAUGAAAUUAUGGCAGAAUAUGCACUUGCGUUCAUUUGAUGCGAAGUAUGCCAUAACGUGCAAAAGUUGCAUUUAUAUGCACCACGGAACCCUUGUGUCCCAGACCACGACCGAAAAGUUUUUUCUUCUUUAUUUCCCAGACACGUAACCAUAUUCGAGAAAAAAGAUGUAGCUGCAUGAGAAUCCGCGCUCUAGUAAUUACGGUAAGUAGGUUGAGUGAUGUACAGUGACUAAACCAAUCUCGGUAGUGAAAACAUGGGGAGUACUUGGCUGAGAACGUCUAUUGGAACAGUCUGUUCCCAACGAAAUUGUGCGUUCCACCGUUCAAUUACCCUGACCUGAAAGAUAAUGGCUCGUAAAUUUAGCUCGGAAUGGUCACAAAAUGACCGUUCCGGUUAACAAUCGCUGAUGGCUGAGUCCCUGGGGAAUGCUAAGGACUUGUAACCACAAAGAGGACAGAAGAUGACGAGGCAAAAAUGACAGGGAGGAAGCACGAACCACGUCACCGCUUUGCCGUUGGAGGAGGAGAAGGCGUUCCUGGGGAAACCAGUCAAAAGCAGCGAAAGUCUGAAAAGGGUGGCCGAAGGAUACAAUGGCAUCUGGUUGCUUUGGAUUACUCCAAGUAUCACUUCGUGCCACACUUUCAAUGUAGACUAUCCAACUCCGCGAGAUCUUACUUACCUGGAAUGGAAAGCUACGGUCAAACACACAGCCAUACAUCUACAAUGACUCUGCAUGUGAGUUAUGCAAAUAACCAGGACAUGGACAAUGCUUGCCCUUGUGCCAUGGAGCCAAAACAAGCGAACUUCACCACCUCCACCACUUCAACCACCACAUUCUCCACCAACCAUCACAUUCUCAACCCACCAUCACAUUCUCCACCCAGACUGUCACCGUCAAGUCAUAGUACAGUUAGACAACCUCAUAGCCCUGGCCGAUCUUCCUUGUGGCUACCAUUCUCCGUGGGACGAAGAAGAAGAAGAAGAAACCCAGGCGUCUGCCGAAAAGCGAGCCCCUUGUGGCGCACGGUCAUCUUUGAUUGGUAAAAGAAGAAGAAGAAGAAGCGGAAGAAGAAGAAGUAGUAGUAGAAGUUGUUCGACUUGCGGUCUCAGGGGCUAUUUGUAAGUCGACAAAAAGUCUCGGGUGUAGUUCGUUACCGGGACCACUCGUUUUUAAAAAUUUGUGAAAGCGUUUGAAAGGUAAAUAUUGCGUAGAAGUGAAAGAAGUUCAUAUACUGAAUCGAAAAAGGGAAAGAAUCAUCAGUGAACCAUUGCGGCGCAGAAAAUGCCAUCGAAAGAGAGCCUCGUCACCGUAACGACGUCCAAGCGGAAAAGUCGCCGGAAGCAUCGCUCUUCCGAGAAACUGUCACAGAAGCCCACCGACGCCGAUGACGAACAGGUGGCGUUGCAACACCAGGGCAGGCCGGAACCAGGCGGUAGUGAAGCAGAACCAGACGACAAAAAGUCAACCCACGCGGCCACGCAGAAAAUGACUCCCCCGGAAGUACUCCCGGGAGAUCAGGGCAACCAGCCGCCCUCUGGUGUCAGCGCUUCGGUGGCUUCUAAAGAGGAAGAGCAGAGGAAGGAAGAAGAACAGAAGAAAGAGAGAGGCCGAAAGAAAUCAAUAAAGGGUCUCAAGAUGCCCGAUGGCACUUACGUAGGGCUCGAAGACAAGAACAAAUACCUCAAGGCGAUGAAGAAAGAGUACCUCAAGUGCGACUAUGUACCCUUCUGCAUUCUCGCCUCUCUCGCCGCCGUUGUCAUCGGGCUCAUUUACCUCUAUUCGUACAGGCCAGAUAUUUUCAACAGCAUGAUUGAAAAAAUAAGAAGGUUUUUCGGGCUUAGCUCUGGCGAGGAGAGCACGACUGAAAGGCUACAGCAAACUACUACUCCCGAGGGUCCAGAUCGGCACGUGACGACACCCAUGGAACACCGACGCGCGGUGGACGACAAUAACGGGACGGCCGUCGCAUCCCACGGGUCUGCUACAAGGUUCAUCGGGAGCACGGGCGUACUGCAUCACGUCUUGCGCCAUUACACCACCUUUAUUUGUUUGUGUGUGUAUUACUUGUAAUUCCGCAGCAGUCUUGCUGCGGUGCCGGCUUCAUCAGCAGCACGGAGUUCAUGAUCUUGAUUGUGUGACGUCAUCAUGGAUGCGUAUCAUAUAGGAUGACUUCCGAAUACAAUGUUUGCAUAAAAUAUUCAAUAUGUGAUAAA